GAGUUUCCUUUCUUCUCAGAAAUUUCCGAUUUCAUUUUCACUCUUCUUUCUUUCGUUCUUGCUGCAGUUUCAGUUUUGUCUUCUCAGAAUUUUCAUCAGUUCUCUUGUUCUUGUCAGGUGAAAUUGUGAGUCUUGACUUACAUUUUGCGUAAUCCAGAGUUAUAUGCAUUCAAAGGCUCAAGCUUUAUGUAUAUAGAUGAAUCUCUGUUUUGUCACUAAAACCAAACCGAGUUUAGAGGAUCUGAAAGAGAUGGUUUUAGGAUGUUUCCCUUUGAAAGGCAAGAAGAAACGUGGCUCUGUUUCUAUGAAGAGGUUAGAUCUUGAAGAAAGCAAACCAAUAGCUUUACCAGAGCCACCACAAAAGAUUCAAAGCCGUAAUCUACAAUCUGCUCCUCCGAGUUUCAGAACUAGAGUGAAGCCUAGUAAAGAGAUGAUCAGCCGGACAAGAGUUAUGUCUGCUCCUUCAAGCAUUCACGGUGUAGCUGAGAGAGAUUUGCUUGCAGGAGUUAACCACGAGGAGCAAGAAACUAGCCCACAACCACUUCCGUUACCGUCGCCAAAGACUGGCUCUUCGUUGAAAAACUGGGGGAGUUUCAAAUCGUUUAACGGAAGCAGCGGGAGGUUAUCAGCUUCUGCAGUGUCUGGACCGUUGCCUUUGCCUCCUAAUGGUUCAGUUAGGAGCUUCUCGUACGAUGAAGUAGUGUCUGCUUGUAGUGCCUUUGCUACAGAGAGAUGUGUCUCUGAAGGUCUUUCAUCUGUUAUGUAUAUGGCUUCGUUUGGUGACGAGGCUGCUUCAACGUCAGGUUUAAAGAAGGUCGAAGCAACUGUUGUGCGUCUUAACGUGAUAACUCAGAGUAUCAGGGAGUUCACUAAUGAAGUGAACACGUUGGCGUCUCUGCAACACCAGAAUCUUUGUAAACUGUUAGGCUAUCACGCACGUGAUGGAUCUGACACGAGAAUGUUGGUGUACGAGAGGCUUGCUCUUGGAAGCUUGGACAGGUUGCUACAUGGGAGAUCAGAUGGUCCUCCUCUUGAUUGGAACACUAGAAUGAAGAUUGCUCUAUGCGCAGCUCAGGGUCUAACCUUCUUACACGAAGAAGGACCCUUUCAGGCGAUGUACAAUGAGUUUUCAACGGCUAAUAUCCAAGUAGAUAAAGACUUCAGCGCCAAGCUAUCUGGAUACGGUUGCGUAGGCAACACUCCAGAGACAGAGACUCCUAACAGUUCAGCACUAGCUAAUCUCUCUGCCGAGACACUAGAGAGAGGUGUUCUGACACCAAAGAGCAACGUGUGGAGCUACGGAAUAGUUCUGCUCGAGAUGUUAACUGGGCGUAAAAACAUGGACGGUUCAUACCCUAAAGAAGAGAGAAACUUAGUGAAAUGGAGUAAAGCUUUUCUAGCAGAUGACUGUAGACUCUCGCUUAUAAUGGAUCCUCAGCUCAAAGGCCGCUUUCCAGCGAAAGCAGCGAGGAGCAUAGCGGAUAUAGCGCAGAAGUGUUUGCAGGUGGAGCCAUCAGAGCGUCCAACGAUGAGAAAUAUUGUGGAACAACUCAAGGUUAUACAGGACAUGAAGUACUCGUGUAGGUUCCCGUUACGAGAGCCAGCGCAUGUUGCGGUAAGGAAACAUAUGGGAAGAUCAAGCAGUCUCAACACGAUUGUUUGGACACCGGGGGUAGUAGCGCCGCCGAGGUCGAGUUUUUCACCGUCGCCACCAGCAGGACGACCGUCAGUUUCGCCUACAAGGGUACGGGGGUUGGUGUUUCCGUCGGUGUUUCCGGCGAGAGUGUGUUCGUCGUUGGAGAUGAGUAGGGAGGAGGUACGGAGAUUGUCGACGGGCAGUGGUAGGAGGACUAGUCUUGAAGGGUUUUGAUUUGUUUUUAUGGACUCCAAACAUAAAAAAAAGAUGUUUUUUUCGUAGUUAAUUUUGAAUCCUGACGUAAAGAGAUGGAGUUUGCUGUGUUUGUAAUCUUCACAUAAAAAACAAUUUGAAAUAUUGUGUUCGUAUAUAGUUCUUUGUUGAUUGAUACAAAGAAACACGUCUGAACGAAUCUGUAUGGGUGAGAAGACAAAUACACUUGUGUUUCUG